AUGGUUCCCCAACCAUCAACCUCCGGUGCGGCUUCGGCCCCUUCAAAGACCGGCUCGGAUCAACCGAGCGAUCAACCUAUGACCGGCACAGGUGCUACUGUACCUGUAGCCGAUAUCAAUCGACAAGCACCGGGUGCGCCGCUGUCUAAAAGACAGCAGAAGAUGUUGAAGCGAAAGGCUGAAGCGGAGGCAGCCGAAUCCGGAGCCGGAUUAGGAGUCAGUUCGAACGCGAAGAAAGCCAAAGGAGGAUCACUAGGCGAGAACUUCCCUGGCGAUCAACUUGCGAAGUUGCUGGAUAGAUGGCAUGUAGCCGGACCAAGAGGCCGCGACUUCCCAAGAUUCAAUCAAGCGAAGUCUAUUCUCAAGAGUAGAGAAUGUGCAAUUCUCCUCAAGCUUCGAUCGACGGACCCGGUCAAACAGGGGAUCCCAAUCUUCGUGGAGGCUAAGGUCAGGCUUGUUACUACCAAUCAAGCUCCAGCCCUCGUGAUAAUUCUUCAAGGCGGCUAUCAGAUCCAACUCAGAUCGAACCAUUUCAAGAGAGAUGUGAGUGCAAAUGAAUCGCGCGGUUUAAUCGACACAAAAGUUUUUGCCAGGGAUAGCAAAGUAUUGAAGGAUGCCCUCGAGAAAUCGUACCAUGUCAACCUCCGCGACGAAGUCAUCAAAUCGGUAAAUGACAUCUUCACUGUGGAUACUAAGAAUCUCCACCUCAUGGAAUUUGAACUGGAAGGCAAAUUUUGGUUUGAUCGAACACCCGAACUGCCACUCAAGAAAGAGGAUCUCACUGAGACUCAAUUGCGUCACCAAAACCUCGCGAAUUCAAUACUUGGGCAGCUGAAUCGUGGCCGAAACGAUACUAUCUGCAUUCGAGCACAACAACACGCCUUUCCAGUCAUCAACGCAUAUUGGUCGAAUUGUCUCAACUUGGCCCAUUCGAGCCGCGAUUGGUCAUUCUACAACAAUUACAUUGGAAACAUGGCUGGAAAUCAAUUCGAUAGAUGGCAUAGCGAGAAAGGAAACCCAAACAUGCCAAUCGUUCGUCAACAUUGGAUGCAAGUACCCUCCGCUUCAAAGAGUUCGAUGCAAUAUCGUUCAUAUCCGGCGAAGAGAAACUUCUCAAGUACAAAGGAGCUCGAGACAAUCCUUAGUGUUGGUCUCAUUGGAGAUGCCAUGUGGGACAACGUGAAUAUUGCUAGCCAUUACAGCAAGGACGUCAUGCAUACCGCCAUCGUUGGCGAAAAGGACGUAGUUGGCAAUAGGAUUCUCCACAUUCUAGUUUCCAAGAGCGAUGAAUUCACCAUGCCAGCAACACCUCCUGGCACAACACUCAAGGUUCAAUUCAUAUCAAAGGCAACCGAAUCGAAACAAAAGAAGCCUUUCGAUGAAUCACUGAUCGCAGAAGGUUACGAUGCCGAGCAUAAUAGUGGUGUGGCCUACAGCAUGAAUCGAUUGACAUUUAAGAAUAAGGGGAAGGGCAAACAACCAGGUCAAAAUGAUGGCGAAGAGAAGACUAUUCCGGCCGCCGAUGGACCCGCAGUUGAUCCUGCCGCUGGUGAGCCUGCGGUUGAUUCCGCCACUGCCGCAGUCGAUGUGGACGCCAUGGUCAUCGAAGAUCCUACUCCUGCUGAAGCUUCCAAGAACAAAGACCAGCCUAAAAACAAGGGCAGCGGCAGCGGCAACGGCAACAAGUGGCAGAAACGACAGGCCAAGGUGAAGCCAGUGAAGAAGGAACCAGUUUUCCCAAUGUACAGCUGCAGGGUCAUUGAUCUUGUUAAUUCUCCUGGAGAUAUCUGCAUCGCUGUCAAGAUUGCUGACAAGGUUUUGGAUGCAAGCUUUGUGGUAGGUACGGAAAUCAAAGUCUGUAUCAUUAUGACGAGAAAUGCUAUUCCCCAAAUUCGACAAAUGAAAGCAAUUAGCAGCAUUUGCAAGCAGCCUGCUGUUCACAAUGUCAAACAUGCAAUGUUGCAAAGCUGGCUCCUCGGCGACGAUAUCUACACGGGCAAGGAGAUGCCUGCACAAUCUGUUCAGGAUGACCACUUUUCGAGAAUGAAAGAUGUUGAAAAGCAAGCUUUCAAUGACUUCCGCGACGCUUGCAACUUUAACGGACCUCAAAGAGACUUUUGGCAGGGCGUCUUUGCCACUACCAAGUUCAUGAGUAUGCUACAAGGUCCACCUGGAACCGGAAAGACAACUACCGUAGCUUCCGUCACCCUUGGUUUCGCAUUAUUGAGAAUCAAAACUCUCCUCAGUGCACCUUCGAAUACUGCCGCACAAGAGUGUAUGAGAAAGUUGGUGGGCCACCUCAAGACUCUGUACAAAGUUUGUCCAGAAUCGGAAGAGUGGUUUAAGGUAAUUUAUCUACCAACUGAAUCUGCAACUCGCCGCGAUCUAUCUGAGCAGGACGACCUUGAUGCCGAGACCGUUUCAGACAUGGUUGCUGAUGGAGAACAACCAACUGAAGACGAAGGAUUCGAAAAGUACAAGCUCUGGAAUCAUAUUAUCCAGGCCUACAAGAAUGAUGCUUCAGAUAAGACGAUACAUCCAGCAGACGAGCGCAGAAAGAAUGCACGAACUUGGUUAUCAACUCGUGCGGAAAUCAAACUUGGUGUACCCAUUAGAUCAAAGCAGCGAAAGACUUUCGUCGAUCUCACAAAGGCCAUGACCAAGAAGAUCUUUAAAGAUCAUCCAAUUCGCAUUGUAGUUUGUACAUCCAGUACUUCUGCUCUCUUGGAAGAAUACAAAUGGGCCCCAUGGGCAGUAUUGAUUGAUGAAUCUGCAUUUGGAAGCGAACCAGACAGUUAUGCCCCUCUAGCCUUAAAGCCUAGACAUGGUGUGUUGGCUGGAGAUCACGAGCAACUCAAACCUACGGCCAGAUCAUCCGGUCAUAAUGAGUUUGCAAAUCAGCUUGGACUAUCGCUCUAUGAACGAUUCUAUGGAAAAUCAACCAUGCCACUCUAUCGACUCAAGAUCAACUAUCGCAUGCACCCUGAUAUUGCCGAACUUCCUGCCAAUCUGACUUACGAAUGGUUGGAGAGUGACGAUUCUACCUUGAUACCUUCUGAUGAGUUCAAUUUCUUCAAGGAUUGGUGGUAUUCGGAAUCAGCCAAGGUUUAUAGACACAAUCGUCGAAAGCCAGAAUUCGGUCUUGAUACCGAUGAAUCUAGAAUCCAUCGCGUGUUUGUCAAUGUCAAGAAGGGAGAAUCUGCACCAAAGCCUGGGACUCAAUCUCAAUUGAACCACGCCAACAUCAAUGCAAUUGCUGAUAUGGCCAUGAGUAUUAUGAAGCAUCAACCAACUCGUGACAUGCCACCAUUGCCAUUCGACAAGAUCAGUAUCCUCACCCCUUACAAAGCAGAGAAUAUGGAAUUGGUGAAACAAGUCAAGAUGAGAAUUCGCCAUGUAUGGGGUGAUGCCGUUGGUCGAUUUCCAUUAUUUACUACCAUUGAUAGUACUCAAGGUGGCCAAAACGAGAUCAUUUUACUUUCCUUGACUCCAGCAAACAAGACCAAUGGUUCAAAAAUUGGUUUCUUGAAAGAAUGGAAUCGAAUGAAUGUAGCACUCACUCGUGCUCAAUCGACUUUGUUCAUGUUUGGAAAUCUCGAUCUUUGGCGCAGUCAACUCUCAGUCCUCGUUAAAGGUAUGAGAUGCAAGAAGCUUGGUCUCUUCAUCAUGGACCUUCUUGAUUAUGGUGACAUUAUCGACAUUGAUGGUGACAAUACUUUACCUGCCAGUCUGGAAGAGUUACCUGAUCACAAGACUUGGUCCAACGCCACCAUUUCUGUCCCCGUUUCAAAGAGUCAGAUCUCCAAAGCCUUCUCCGCCAUUAAGGACGAGUACGAUGAUAAGGAAAAGCUGGCCGAAUUGGAGAAAUCGCUCUGGACUGAAAAUCGAAAGAUUAGAGAGCACGGCAAGGCACAACGAGAGAGAUUCAGACUUGGCCAGGUUAUCGAGGCUCCUCUCAGAGUUGAACGAGACGGUGGAACGGAUGGCAACAUAGAACAUGUUGAUUCCGAUGAUGAUGAUGAGGCACCUGAGGUCAAGGAUAAGGAUGGUGAUCUGGACAUGGACCCCGAACGAAUGCCGACCGAAGAGGAUUUGGCUGAUGCAAUAGAGCAGGCUGAGAUAGAGGAGGCUUUGGAAUUAUCAAAGCAACUUGAUGAAGAUCAGGCUGGAAAUAAGGAGGCUUUAGCACUUCGAAUGAAGAAUGUGCAACCGGCAUUACCUCAGCCAGGACCAGCACCAGCAUCAGGAGCUUCGGGAUCUUCCCAACGACCACCACAAAGCUUUGACCAGAAUAAUCGUGGCAAAGGCCAAGGAAAUGGUGGUUCAAACCAAGGAAAUGGUAGCAAGAAUGGGGGAAAGAAUGGAGGCAAGAAUGGCAAGAAGGCCAGAAAUUAA